AUGAAUGAAAGUAUGGUGACAAAACUCCAUGCUGAAUACAGUGAUAGUAUUUGUAAGAGUAAUUAUGAUUCUCGAAUUACGAUAAAAUCUUCUAUGCCAGUAUCUGUCACUCAAAGUUACUUCGCUGGUGAUGAGACUGGUGACAGUUUUGCAG